UACCGUUACCCUGCAAACGCGGUAGUAGCAAUUUGAUCCUGGCAAAGCCCUAAUGGCGUCUAUCCUUUCUUCUUCUUCUUCUUUCAUCCUGGCAAGCCCUAAUUCUAAUUCCCAAUUUCGGAACCGUGCAAUGAAAAUCCGACAAAGAAGAGUUCCUGCGCCGGCUAUGGCGGCCUCUUCGUCAUCAUCUUCUCCUUCUUCUUCAAAUAAAGACGGAGGUAGUAGCAGUUCAACAAAAUUGGUGACUUUCUUGGGCAAAGGUGGUUCCGGCAAGACCACUUCCGCUGUAUUCGCUGCUCAGCAUUAUGCAAUGGCUGGGCUUGAUACAUGCUUGGUAAUACAGAGCCAAGACCCCACUGCAGAGUUUCUUCUCAACUGUAAGAUUGGAACUUCUCCUGUCAUGUGUUGUGACAAUCUUUCAGCCGUUAGGUUGGAAACGACUAAAAUCAUUCUUGAACCUCUCAAUCUGCUGAAGCAAGCCGAUGCUCGACUUAAUAUGACUCAAGGAGUUCUAGAAGGGGUGGUUGGAGAAGAGCUUGGGGUGCUUCCUGGGAUGGAUUCUAUCUUUUCAGGGUUUGCGCUGGAGAGGUUCCUUGGAUACCUUAGGAAUGUGGCUCAGAAGAGCAGCAAAAGAAAGGAAUUUGAUGUAGUAAUAUAUGAUGGUAUUAGCACUGAGGAAACACUAAGACUGAUCGGUGCAGCCAGUAAAGCUAGGUUAUAUUUGAAAUAUCUGCGGAGCCUGGCUGAGAAGACUGAUCUUGGGAGGUUGGCUGGUCCUUCCAUACUGAGACUCGUGGAUGAAGCAAUGGGAAUAAGUAGCAGCUCCCGUGUUAAUGGGAAAUUGAGUGCAGAAAUAUGGGAGACGUUGGACCACAUGUUGGAGCGAGGGUCUUCUGCUUUCUUGGAUCCAAGUCUCUUUUGCUGCUUCCUUAUGAUGGAUCCAAGCAGUAUAAUGUCUGUAAAUUCUGCAUUACGAUAUUGGGGUUGUACAAUCCAAUCUGAUGCACAUAUAUCUGGUGCAAUAGCUUUUACCUCUCAACAUAUGAAUGUAGAAUCAGUUGAAGAACUUAAGAAGAAGUUUUCACCAUUGCCACUUGCUUUCAUUCCAAGUCUUUCGAUGAAUUCUCCUCUAAAUUGGAAGGAGAUCAUUCUGGACAGUUUCCAUAAAGAUGCACGGGAUCUUUUCUCUUUGCAAGCCAGACAUGGCAGUACCUUGACAUCCCCAGUAAAAUUCGAUGCAGCUAAAAAAUCAGUUACCCUUUUUAUGCCAGGUUUUGACAAGUCAGAGAUCAAGCUAUAUCAGAGGAGGGUCUGAGUUGUUGGUGGCAGCAGGGGACCAAAGACGCGUAAUUCAUCUGCCACCAAAAAUCCAAGGAAAGGUGGGAGGUGCCAAGUUCAUAGACAGGAGUCUUGUAAUCGCCAUGCGGUAGUGAGAGUGUAAUUACAACAGGAAAAGUGUUACCUUUCUUCCCCCAACUUCUUUGUCAUGUUUCAUGGGAAUGUUUACAAUGGCCGGUGAUAGUGAUAAUUUACUGCUCCUUGUCCCUGAUUUUGGGCGAUUUACUGAUUUUGUGUAUUUCGCACUGCUCUAAGGUAGGGUUCUGAAAAGGGGGCAAAAAAAAAAAAAAAGUUGUGCACUAAAGUCUUAUUAGAACAAUCAAAGUGAUUGAUACUGAGAAAAAGAUGAGGUUUUCAGU